CGCAUCUCCAUGGCAACGCGGGGCUUUGCCUCUCCCCGCCUCCUGGGGCCGCAGACCGGAAGCAGUCCGCGCCACGGGCUUCUGGGAAACUGCUGUGAGUGGCGUCUCAGCGUCUGCUGUGGACAGCGAAGCUGCUGUGGUUCCAAAACCGGAGGAGUACCUGUAAAGAAAAAAGGGUAUUUCCCCGAGGCCUGUAUCCUGCCUUGAUUGUCUUUUCUUGAAGACUUAUAAAUCAGGAUGUCUGCACAGUCAGUGGAAGAAGAUUCUAUACUUAUCAUCCCAACUCCAGAUGAAGAGGAAAAAAUUCUGAGAGUGAAGCUGGAGGAGGAUCCUGAUGUUGAAGAGGGAUCAAGUAUCCCCUGGAACCAUCUCCCUGACCCAGAAGUUUUCCGACAGCGAUUCAGGCAGUUUGGAUACCAGGAUUCACCUGGACCCCGUGAAGCUGUGAGCCAGCUUCGAGAACUUUGCCGUCUAUGGCUUAGGCCAGAAACACAUACAAAAGAGCAAAUCUUGGAGCUGGUUGUGCUGGAACAGUUUGUUGCCAUCCUACCAAAGGAGCUGCAGACUUGGGUUCGGGAGCAUCAUCCAGAAAAUGGAGAGGAGGCAGUGACAGUGCUGGAGGAUUUAGAGAGUGAACUAGAUGACCCUGGACAGCCGGUUUCUCUCCGCCGACGAAAACGAGAAGUGCUAGUAGAAGAGAUAGUAUCUCAAGAAGAAGCUCAGGGACUACCAAAUUCUGGGCUUGAUGCUGUGGAAAACCAGCUCAAGUGGGCAUCUUGGGAGCUUCAUUCCCUAAGGCACUGUGAUGAUGAUGCUAGAAUUGAAAAUGGAGCACUAGCACCAAAGCAGGAGAUUGCUUCAGCAGCAGAAUCUCAUGAAGUUCCUGGCAGUCUCAAUAUAGGUGUUCCUCAAAUUUUUAAAUAUGGAGAAGCCUGUUUCCCCAAGGGCAGAUUUGAAAGAAAGAGAAACCCCUCUCGAAAGAAACAACAUAUAUGUGAUGAAUGUGGAAAACACUUCAGUCAGGGCUCAGCUCUUAUUCUUCAUCAAAGAAUCCACAGUGGGGAGAAACCCUAUGGAUGUGUUGAAUGUGGGAAAGCAUUCAGCAGAAGUUCUAUCCUUGUGCAACACCAGAGAGUACAUACUGGAGAAAAACCUUACAAAUGUCUUGAAUGUGGAAAAGCCUUUAGCCAGAAUUCUGGGCUUAUUAAUCAUCAGAGAAUCCAUACUGGGGAGAAACCUUACGAAUGCGUUCAGUGUGGGAAAUCCUAUAGUCAAAGCUCAAAUCUUUUUAGACAUCAGCGAAGACACAAUGCAGAAAAACUUCUGAAUGUUGUGAAAGUUUAAGAAAUUGAAAAAAAAAUGUCAGCACUCAGGUCUUUUUCUUCAGAAAUGAAGACAAAAACAUGAAAUGAUAAUAGUUUUAUUUCCUUCUAGUCUGUUAGAAAAUACACGGGAAAUGUAGAAAAUCUUCACCCACUAUUACUUCAUCUUGAGAGAAAUGGUGUCAUACUUGCCCAGAAACUGAAAUUUUAAACUUAAUUCAGGUGUUAAUGCCUAAAUCUUACAUGUGAUGUUUAUAUUAUUAUUUUUCCAAAUAAUGAACUACCUGAUUCUUCAGCCCUUUCUUAAAGUCUCCUUUAUAGACUGACAUAUUUCUGUGUUGAGCAUUAAAAUGUUAUUUUCAAGGUAUUCCUGUGUACAUUAAAAGGGAACAGGAAUUAAAAAUGUAAAAACCAAAACCAUUUUUUGAAAAUUUAUCCUUGUUUUCUUUCACCUAAUUUGAAUAUGUAUUUCAGAAAAUGAAAGACAAAGGAUGAUCAAAAGCCUCAGAGUAAAUGAGCCUUAAAACUCAGAUUAAGAAGUGGUGAUGAACAUUAAAAGUGAAUAGGGAAGAUAUAUACUCUGAUCCAAGAACUGAAGUAUAUCAAGAAUUUGUCUAAAUGUUAAUUAUUUGCCUGAAGAAAAACUCAACAGCUUAUCCUAUCUGUAAUUAGGCAUCCCACUAAUGAAAAUAGUGUUUUCCCGUUAUUAUUAGAAAGUGACAGAGUCUAGACAAUAAACAAUUAUAAACUAUAAAAGUAGAAAUUACAACUAGGGAAGAAUUUGUAGUGAAUGGCAGUGUUGAAGGGCAAUAUAGCGUAAUGGUCUCUUGGCUUUUAGAAAACAGACUUGAAAAUCUUAUUUUGCCUUCAUUUUUAUUAAGGACAGAAAAAAGUCUGACAAGUGGGCAACAAGUAUCAGGUUUGCUAUUUUAUUUGGUACAGAGGGUUGAACAAGCUAACAAAGCAGCCAUGCAUUUAUAAUUAAGUAUUUUCUACCGGCAAGACCCUGUGCUAGGUACUGUAACCCUACCAUAAGUAGGUAGGUGUUUCUUCCACUGUAAAUCAUUGUGGGUUUGGUACAAAGCUGUUUAAUGAGUUACCUCUUAACUCUGUCAGAGUAGUCCUAGGGGAGGUAACCUCUGAGGUUUCCAGAGUCACAGUUCUCUUACCAGGGUGUUAUAUUGGGGGAAAGGAAGAUUCAGUUCAAAAGAACUAGCCGGCUCUCCAACAGUCUAAAGAGGUGAGUAUAAGAUACUCUAUUAGUUUGGAGGUUUGUGGGUCUUUAAAAAAAACUAAUCAAUCUCUAGUAGCACUGAGGUUGUACUUAACAUGUUAAGUUGAAUUGUUCUAUUUAAAAAAUAACUAGGUUAUUAACAGCUAUCUUACUCAGAAUUGAUUUUCAUUUAAAAAAUUUUAAGUUAACACAUUUUUUUAAGUGUAUUAAAGUAAUACAUUGUAGUAGUAGGAUUAUAUACUCCUUGGCUGAGGAAUCCCAAGUACUGUGGUUCUGCUGUGAAUAGUGGAAAACUCUGGAAGUUAAAAUACAGAAUAUGAGAAAAGGCUUUUUAUAGUGGGCAUAAUUGUGUGGAAAAUAGCCCAUGUGAAUAAAAAUAUUUCAUAGUUCCAGAGAUUUUGGUUGCAUCUGGUGCUUGGAUCAGAUUAAAAAAAAGAAGGCGAGAUUUGCAUGAGCCUGUUAAAAAGCAUAGUAAUAAAUGCAAGGCCAGCUGGUGGAAAAGUGAGUCAGAAUGGAGCUUGUUUAUAGAUUUUUUUCUGAUAACAAUUAUAAGAAAUGUGCUUUAUAGAUUAAGACUUAUUGAAGUAUAAAUAUGUAGUAAUGAUAUAAUGUAUUUUAAGUUAUACAGGAAAAUGUAGGGACUUUUGUUUGGGUCUAUUUCUCUUGUGGCUGAGAGGAAACAAAUCAAUGUCCAAUAAAGCUAUAAACUACUCCACUCUAAGAUAAGA